AUGGGUGCAGGCGAACUGCCUCAGGGCUGCCGAUCGAGGCCACUUUGUCAGCUGGGUACCGACUUCACAGAAGUCGUGGAGAGAAUCGGCGGGUGCUCCUCUCGGGCGACUGGGAGUCGCCUUCGGGACAGCCUGUCCGAUUUCGCAUUCCUACAACCUUCCAGAUGGCCGGUAGGUAAGCUGAAGCAGCCGAUCGCAACACAGGCCGAGAUUCAGCAGGUGGAGAGAGUGAGGAGGAAAGUCCCUGCCGAGGAGAGAGUGUAUCCGCAGUUCCUCUUCACCAACAAUCUGAUCCGGGCCCAACUGAUCGAUCCUGCCGAGAGUAAUGACGGAAGACAGGAGAGCUGCCGAGGCCAAGAGGAUGAACGAGUCCUCCAAGCGCCGUCUCAUGAUGGCCUUCCAGGGGAAGAAGAAGAAACCCAGCCGCAGGGCUCGGCAUCGGUCGACCCAGAGGACCAGACACUGGCCGACCGCCUCCGUGAGCUUAACGCCGAUCGGCACAGGCCGGAGCGGCAGCGGCCGGCCCUUCUCCCCGCCGAGGCGCCACUACCGAAGGGCUUCCUCCCGAGCGGCCGGCAAACGGCCUUCACUGUCGAUCUAGAUGCCGAACCGGCCCCAAACGCGGACGGCAGGCCGAGCCAACUCGGGCCAUCUUUGCCGCUGAAAAUGACGAGGAGCCUGCCGAUCCCGUCACCCUGGCCUGUCCGUCGAAGACGGUCCAGUUCGCGAACCACAUGA